CCGUAUACCAACGGGAUUUAAAUGUACGUUGCCAGAACUACAUGCAAACAAAACAAAUCAAAAUGGCUCAGGCUGCUUCUAAAACGUGUGAGAUUUGUGUUUCUGGACCUGGACAUAACUAUUGUGAACAGUGUGACCAGGUGUUUUGUGAUGGAUGUAAAAUAUCACAUCUACGUACAAAGAUAAGCAAAAAGCAUACAUUUCUAAGUGGCCCAAAUAUAAACCCGGAAGUUAAACAAUAUUGUAAAGAACAUGAUGAAAACUUUAUAUAUUACUGCAUGGAAUGUAAUACGCCGAUAUGCAAAAUAUGUGUGAUUAAAAAACACAAAUCACAUGAUUUCGCUGAAAUCAAGGAAUCAACUGAAAGGAUCAAAGAUGAGGUAAAAAAGGUAAUAGACACGAAGAUGAGAAACCUACAGUCAAAGAUAGCAGAUAUUGACCAAGGCUCAAAUCAAUAUCAAGCUGAUGUUAAUGGUGCCAUCCACUCUAUAAGAGAAGAAGGGAGACACCUAAAAGAGCUGAUUGAUAAGAAAGUUGAAAGUCUGGUUAAAUCGGUGAAAGAGAAACAAACAAAGAAUCUUCAAACUUCACAGUCCAGUGCUAAUGAGAUUAAAACUGCUUUGAAUAAGGCAAAGGAACAGCUGAAGAUCUAUCAUGACACACAAGGGAUAAAAGAUACCACGAAAUUGUUACAAAAACUAAAACAAAUAAAGUCACAAAUCGAUCUAAUAGAAGAAAUACAGGUUCCCAUCAUGCCAUCAGUCAAAUAUGCUAGAAAGAAAGUAGCAGAGUGUGAAAUUCAGAAACUAUUUGGUGAAUUAACAAUUGGAGAAACUGUCAAAAGAGAAGAAAACCCGAAAACUCAGAAGAACGCCAGAGUUACAACAACAGCUAAACAAUACAGAUACAGAUGCGUCAUAUGCGAGACAGAAAUAAUUUCUGAAGAAGCGCCUUCUAUAGAAGCGCCUUCUAUGUAAGUAUAAGUAUCAUAUUGUUAUAAAAGUUAGAUAAUAUCUGAAAUAAGACAAAUGUCAACAAUUCAACAUUGAGUUCAUAAGUGAGUUCCACCCAU